CACACACCUGCCCAUGCAACUCCAUGGCAAGAGCAGGUGCUGCCUGCACUCCUGAGUUUCAUCGUCAAGUUUUGACAGGCUUCUGAUUUGGUAGCAUCUGAUUUUCAAUUGGGCAUUUUCUCUGCUCACGAUGCUUUUUGCUCAAGCAGGUUUCUGACGGGGUUGCGUGGCGUCCCCCGCAAUGGACGACGCAGACUUGAGUGCCCUGCUGGACGAGCUGGGGAGCGACGGCAGCGAAGAUGAGAGCGCGUUUGAGAGGACGCUGGACGAUAUCCUGGGAGAAGACGGGGACAGCGAGGAUCUUUGGACAAUUGACCCCCAGCCAACAAAGGAGGUCAGCAAGGUGGUCAAGGUCCAGCCGAUCAAGGAGUUGACACCAAGGCACAGCGGCGAAGAGUUGGAAAGAGCGGCGAGGAGUCCAGCUAAAAGUGCAUCCGAUGGGGGCAGUGUCAAAAGUGGGAGAGGUAUCAUGCCGGUACAAUCAAUCAGUCCGCCAAAGCAUGUGCCAUUGGCGAGCCCUCCAGGGAAGAAACUGGCCUCCAGUGUGCCUGAGACGAAGCGGGCCGCAGAGAAGAGCUCGCCGGAAUUGCCGGUCGCUGAUCAGCGGAGCACCCAGCAAUUAGCGCAGGAGACUGGCGAGGGGUUUGGUUUGCGGCCUUCGGUACUGGCAGAAGCAAGCCAUUCGGAAGCUUCAGUGAAAACUGCGGCCGUGAGGGGUCAGGAAGCCUUUCCAAAGUCGCCCCCGUCCGAGGUUAAGAAGAGGGACAGUUCGAAUGAAAGGGUGGUGCAAAAUGGGGUUGAGUCAUCGUCAAAGCCGCAGGUUCUGGCAAAGCAGCGGUCGGAUGCUGGGAAGCGGUCCGAGGCUGCUGUUAGAGAAGAGGGGGAAAAGGGGGCAGUUCCGGGUCCAGCACCGAAGGUUGCGGUUAACCAUGAGGAACCACAGCAAAACGAAGUCUUGGAACCUCACCGUGUGCAAGAAAGCCACUCGGCAGCACCUCAACCGAAUGGGGCUGAGAAUACGGACUUGGCAAGGGCUGAAGUGGAAGCAAAACUGAAGCUGCGGGAACGCGACUUGGAGCGGCUUUUGGAGGACAGCGUUCAGGAGGUGGGGGCGGGGGCGCCUGUGGACGAGAAAAGUGCGGGUGAGGCGAGCGAGGGGGAGACGAAGGGGCUUGAAAACAGCGAAGUUGCGCCAGAGGAGCACCUGGACCGUCAGCCAAGCGCCUUACAGAUCGCUGAGGAACUAGAGCGGCUGCGCUCGUCUUCCGGGGCUCAUCUGGAGGAGGGCGCGGCCGCACAGCCGAUGCAACUGGAGGGCGCCUGGGCUGGGCCCCCCGCAAUUGGAGUUCUUCGGGUGGAAGAAGUGGAGGCGCUCUCUGCCGCACUCGGAACACCCACCAUGAAAAGAGACCAUGGCGAACCGCAGGCCCUCGCCCUCCACCCCAGCUUCAUUGCCGUCGGUCUCUCCCGAGGGGGGGUCCUCAUGGCUCCUGGGAAGCCCAGCAAAGACAGCGCUCACCAGAACCAGUCCAAGGCGUUCGUGCUCGGAGGGGGGGGACACGUGGCAUGCUGUGCGCUGGACGUGCACCUGUCGGGGGAACUGCUGCUGGCGGGGUAUGCGGACGGGACGCUCAUCCUGUGGGACGUCCAACGUGCGACGCCAGCGAGGGCUAGCUUCGGCGUCGGCCCCGACGAGCACGCGGCCGGCUGCCCGAUCACGCACGUUCGAUUCCUGGCCGCAUUACCGGACCAGCCGCGCAUCAGCCGCGCAGUGACGGCGGAUGCCAAGGGGAUCGUCAUGCUGCACAUCUUCAGCUCGGUACCUAUUCUCCGCCGCUACACGGUGACCAGUCAGCGCCUCCUCGACGGCUCUCAAGCGAUCGGCCCGGUCCUCGAUCUCAAACCCCUCAUCACUUCUGAGCCCUCCCACCCCCCUCCCACCCUCUCCCUUCCCGCUGGUGUGAACGCCCACCAAAACGAGCCGAGGGGCGUGUUAACACCGAGGACGUCCUACUCGGAAGUAGGCGCGCCGUCGCCAAAACCUGCGGGGACCCCCCCGGGGGAGAGGUCGGUGGGAAGGUUUGAUAAGGGGCUCGAUAUGGGGCGGAAGGUGCUGGUGGAUGCCGGACUGGACAAGAGCUUGGACAUGGGCAGGAAGUUUUUGUUCGACGCUGUGAACACGGCUGCCGACGCGGGCAAGGUGAUUGCGGGGGCGGGUUCCGUGAAGGGCGUGGCGGAAGACCUGAUCGAGAAGGGCCUGGUGGCCAUGCUCACGGGAUCCACCAUUCUAGUUGCGCUGCUGGCCGAGAAAAUGCAGGUUCUCGUCCGCAUGCCCCGUCCCGAGAGCGUCCGCGACGGCGCCGUCCCUUACUGCGCGUGGCGCAAGCCCCACCACUGGCCCGCGUUCCAAACCCCCGACACCCCGCCGCGCGUUUCCGAGUCCUCUUCCGACCCCGCGACUUCCCCCGCCCCUGAAGCUCCAAAAGUCUCCACGCUCGAAGAGGACCGCCUCCGGCGGCCUCCGCUGCUGGCCGUCGGAUGGGAUCGGACGGUCCUGAUCUGCCGGCUCGGGCGGGGGGGGCUGAGGAUCCUGUCCAGGUGGCAGCUGCAAGGGGAUGCUGACGUCACGGGGAUCACGUGGCUUGGGGAUGACGUACUUGGGGUGCUGACGGGGCGCGAGGAGAUGUGCGUGUACUGGGUGACGACGGGAGAGGAGAUCGAACGGUUCAUGAUUGGGGUGACGGGGGGUGAAGAGGCAGCGGUCUCUCAUUCGCACUACACAAGCAGCGCUGGCAGUCCCGUCAAAGCGUACCACAACUCUGUCGCCGCGCGCGGCCCCGCAAUGUUCGUGCUCGGCCCGUCGGCACUGAAAGUCGGCCGACUGCUGCACUGGAAAGAACGCUUGGAGGGCCUCCGGCAGGCGGGCGACUGGGUGGGCGCUUUCCAUGCAGCCAUGGAAUUGUACGAUGGGAAAGCAAAGGGCGUGCUCGGCGUGCCGCCCUCGCUGCCGGCGUUGCACGAGGCCAUCAUGCCGACUCUGCUGUCGUUGUUGGCGGCAUACAUCGACGAAGCGAUGGCUUACGUCGGCCUUUCUCUGGGCACCAGCAAAGGGGAGCCGGAGGAGCAGUCGGAGGGCGUCGCACAAUAUUCUGGGGUCGGGGGUGUCGCCAUCGAGUUCUGUGUGCACAUCGGCCGGCCUGAGGUCCUGUUUGAGGACGUCUUCGACAAGUUUACAGCAGUGGGGCACCAAGGCACGUUCCUGGAGCUGCUGGAGCCGUACAUUCUGAAGGACACGCUGCGCGGUUUGGCCCCCGCUGUGAUGCAGGCUCUGGUGGAGCACUACAGCGUCAAGGGCUGGCUGCAGCGCGUCGAGCAGUGCGUGCUGCAUAUGAACAUCGCAAGCCUCGACUUCAAUCAGGUGGUCCGGCUGUGCCGGCAGCACAUGCUGUACAGCGCGCUCAUCUACGUCUUCUCCAGCGGCCUGGACGACUUCGUGACGCCCCUCGAGGAGCUGCUCGCGGUCGCGCGGGACACGCAGAGCGCGCAUGCGCGCGCGUUUGGGUACAAGCUGUUGGUCUACUUGAAGCACUGCUUCCUCGGCCUCGCCUUUCCCCCAGGCAACGGCCCCCUCGACCCGGGGCGCCUGCCGUCCCUCCGGUCCGAACUCAUAAACUUUCUUUGCGCGUCCGAAGCGUCCGGACACGUCAGCGGAGCUUCCAAUGACGUGAGCAAGGCUGAGGCAAACGGGCGCACAGGCGAAGGGGACAGCGUCGAAAAGGAGACCAGAUUCGCUAGACUACGCUAUCUACUGGGUCUCGAUACUGAGGCGGCCUUAAGAGUUCUGAGCGCAGCGUUUCCGGAAUCGGGGCCGCUCGCAAUUGGCAGGUUUGGGGAAGGGUUCCAGGGCGACCGGGGGGAGGUUACGGAGCCAACCGACGAGGUUAGAGACCAGGUUGGGGAUAACGGAGAGCUGAAAAGCGCGGAAAUGGCGGAACGGGUCUUGAGCAACGACGAAGCGUCGACUUCGAGCCCCGGGAAAUUGCGACUGCGGAAAGUGGGGGCGCGGCUUGGAAAGCGGUUUUUAAACGGCGUCGGCUCUUGGCGAGGGGGGGUGGAUUCGCCUGGUGGGCCGCCCCCCGGACAUGGAGAAGCUCCCGUUGACAUUGUUGCCGGGGGGGAGGACAGCGCACAGAACGAGAGAACGGAGGCGGGGGCUUCAAGCGAUGGAGACGCGCUUGUGCAGAUGGUUGUGGAUGCUCUGAUCGAGAUUUGCAGAUCGGAGGAGGGGGGACUGUCAAGCUCAGUGCGGGAUGGAAGUGUGAACUCAAGCCCCGGCCGUGCUUCAAAGGCUGACACCGCCAGCCAAAUGUUCGAAUUCUGCGCUCGGUUCAUAGCUACCGGGCACGCGGUUGUCUCCCCUAGUGUUCUCGACUGGCUCAUCCGACGGCUGUGUGGAGCCCGGGGCAAGUCACCGGGCGCUUCCGAUAAACACGGUUCAAGAGCUAACCCACGCGCUAACCCAGCGAAGCACGCACGGGCCGACUCCUCGGAAGCCGUCGUCGUUUCCCUUCUAAAGGGCGCUCUCGGCUUGCCAAAGCCGCUGGGAACUCUAACGGGUUUUGACGCGGAGGGUUUACUUGUGUUAACGGACGGUUUAGGCUUUUGGCACGCGGCCGCCCUGCUGCACGCGGCUCAAGGGCGCUUUGCCGCAGCGCUGGAUUCGCUGCUGAAGGACCCCAGCCUGGCGGAAGAGGCGUUUGCGUUCGUCAGCAAGUACCUGAGCGGGGAUCCCUCGGAGGGGGUGCAAGCAGACGCCGUCCGUUCUGCCGUGCUGGCCCGCCUCCCCGCCCUAGUUCGCCUCGACGCCAACGCGGCCGCGUGCAUCGUCGCGGACCACCUCGCCUCCGACAACGACCGGGUGCUCAAGGCCCUGGGGUCAUUCCCCGACCUCCAGUUCGCCUAUCUCAAGGGCAUCGUUACCGCUCAGGCAGUAACGGUGGCGCCCGGGGUGGGCGGACCCGGGACGUCGAAGCUGGGGGAUUUGUUGCAGCGGGCGGGGAUCGAAGUCACGGAUGAGAUGGCGGAACUGUACGUGGGUCUGAUGUGCCGCUUCGAGCCUGGCAGCGUGCUCCCCUUUUUGGAGAGCCACCAAGCGUACCGCCUCGAGCAGUGCCUCGCGCUCUGUCAGCGCUUCGGGGUGACCGACGCAUCAGCGUACCUUCUCGAAAGGAUGGGUGACGUCGGCGCCGCCCUCAACCUCGUCCUCAGCCAAGUCACUGCCAAGAUGUCCGCCCUUGACGCUGCGGUCGCUGCACGCUUCUCUGGCGCGCACACGGACGACUUUUUGGAGGGCGACCUUCCGGAUUUAUCGGACCUGCCGGAGCUGCCGGCGGCCGAGAAAGCGCUAGAGGUCGCCGUGGCGUUGUGCCAGCGCAACACGCAGCGGAUGGACCCCCGGGAAACGGAGGCGCUGUGGUUUCGGCUGGUGCGGCAGUACAUGGAGCCUCUCAGGGGGCUGAAAGAAGGGGCAGCUCGCGGGGGGGUAAAAGGGACCAGUGCCAAGGGGGGGGGAGACUACCCGGCUUUUCAGCGGGAGAAGGGUAGCGACGGUGUGAAUGGGCACGGGCCGAACGGAAGGAAGAGCACUGGGGGGCUAAAGGGGGGCACAGGACGCGGGGAGGGGGGUGCUUUGCAGUGCGCAGGCAACCCCCCCGCGGCGCGCGCGCUGCGGCGGGUGCUGGCACGGUUCAUCAGUGCGAUCAUGUAUGCUAUGAUGGGCCACGUGCCUUUGGGAACAAUUCUUAACAAGAUUCUGCAGGAUCAUGGGGGGGAUGAGUUUGGGGACUUCAAGGGAACCAUUUUGGGCAUGCUUGGGACGUUUGGCUACGAGCGCGAGAUUCUGCGCACCGCUCGGGACCUCAUAGAAGACGACACGUGGCAGUCCCUGGACCAACUGAAGCGGCUGCGGUCGCACGGGCUGGCGCCGAACCGUGCCACGUGUUGCGUGUGCGAGCGGCAACUGAGUGAAAAGCCGCCGCAAGGAGGGGGUAGUGAAGAUGGGCAGAACGCGGGGGGCACCAGCGUGCCUACUUCAAAAGCACCCCCCCGGAAGAAGCGGAACCCGUCCCAGGAAAAGCUGCCGGCCUUGCGCGUAUUCGUCUGCGGGCACGUCGCGCACGCCGCCUGCGCUGAGGCGGGGGGGUUGGAUUGCCCCGUCUGCGGACCCCCCGGAAAGGUGGAGCUGAGCGACGCGCACGACAAGGGCAAGCGGCCCCUGGUUGAGGAAAACGAGUCGAGCUCGGGCGGGGGGUUGGGCGGGGGUUUGGGGAUCUUAACCCGGGGGGUUCAGCCGCAAAACUCACCGAGUCAGCGGUCUCGGCUGGCUUUGUUGCGGGACUUAGAUCGGGGUAACGACUUCUACGGAAGGAGUGAGGGGCUGCAGUUGGCGCCCCCUCCGGUGGCGCAAACCCCGAGCUACGUGGAGCGGAAACCGGGGAGGCUGCCACGGCGGGCGGUCUACUCGUCAUCGGCGCAUGGGUUGGGUUCCGCAAGCACUCGCUACAGCAGCCCCAUCGAGGAGGACGACCUUACAUAGCUUCGGGGCGGCCAGCGGCUCUCUGCGGGCCGUUCCUUUAUUCUACAGAUCGAGAUCACAGUUCGAUGCAGAGCGUAGCUCAAUGCGAGUCGUUCGAUGCAAAGACUUAUACUUCAACGGACGUCAGCCUGCAAAUCCGCUUGCCUUGUCGGUUUCAAGACUAAAUACAAAACUCCGACGCAUCUACUUUCACGCCGUAAUGGUAAGGUGCUCUGCAUGUCACUGUGCC